UUCAAGCUUGUUCAGAAGUUCUCUACAGCGAGCUGCUACGUUGUUGAUCGAAUAAAUGAACUAUUUAUUCGAUAUAAAUCUGGAAAAUGUGAUCCACAUGAUGCAUCUCUGGAUGGUUGCUUGAAUGACGCUUUAUCUGGCGAUCCUACGCUGUAUCUCCGGCCAUGGAUAAAAUCUGAUUAUGUGUAUUUCUACACAUCUAUAGAAUCCAAUCAUUGGGUUCUUGUGGUUUUGGAUGUUCAGGCGCAUACUUUGCGGCUCUACGAUAGCAACAAUAGGUUGGGUACUAUGAAGCCAAAUAUUCUUAAAAAGAUGCAAGGGUUGAUUCACUUUCUUCCUCUAGUUCUAGCUGAUGUUAAAGCUGUUUCAAGCAACACUGCUCCUGAAGAAGUUGUUCCAUAUGAGGUGGAAGUAGUCACUGGUGUUCCGCAACAAGUGAACGGUGGAGAUUGUGGAUUUAUGGUUCUCAAAUUUGCUGAAGUGCUUCAAAUGACCUUGGACGUUCGUACUGUAUACCCAGACAGAAUAGCUGAUUAUCGCGCGAAGUGGGCUCAUGAUCUCUACGUAUAUGGCUCAGCAAAGGGAAAGUCACUGGCAAUUCACUCUGAUGCAAUUAAGAAGUGAUUAUUUUGUAAAUUUUAGAUCAACUUUCACUGUAAACAAUCACUUUGACACUCAACUUUCUGCGUAUUGUUGAGGUCUUUUGAUAUGUGCCCAGGUUCCUACUGAAAUGUAUCAUCUUUGACUACUAUUUUGAUGUUUCUUUUUUC